CAGCACAUCCGGAAGGUGGGGUCUUCGUUGUAGCGGUUUGUUACCGUCUGGAAGUCAGCAUACAUUGAACUCGUUGUCUUCUACCAAAUGCACUCUCCUGGAUAGUAUCAAGCAAAAACAACAAUUCAAUUCCUCUUCUGGUCCUGCAAAGAGGAAGUGGAGGGAGAGCAGAGGCAGGAACUUGGGACAGGUGGCGCCAGGUGUGUUUUCGGGGCAGUAACCAGGAAGAGCGUGUGCGUGCGUGUGUGUGUGCGUGUGGUUGUGUGUGUGUGCGUGUGUAUGUGUGCGCGCGCACGAGAGAGGGAAACCGAGGGAUUCAGCGAUGGCUAGCAGCAAGAGCAAGAACCAGAGCUCUCUGGCCCUGCACAAGGUCAUCAUGGUGGGCAGCGGAGGAGUGGGCAAAUCGGCCCUCACGCUGCAGUUCAUGUACGACGAGUUCGUGGAGGACUACGAGCCCACCAAGGCGGACAGCUACAGGAAGAAGGUGGUGCUGGAUGGGGAGGAGGUCCAGAUCGACAUCCUGGACACGGCGGGCCAGGAGGACUACGCCGCCAUCAGGGACAACUACUUCCGCAGCGGCGAGGGCUUCCUGCUCGUGUUCUCCAUCACGGAGCAGGAGUCCUUCAGCGCCACCGUGGAGUUCAGGGAGCAGAUCUUGCGGGUGAAGGCAGAGGAGGACAAGAUCCCCUUGCUGCUGGUGGGGAACAAGUCGGACCUGGAGGAGCGGCGGCAGGUUUCCGUGGACGAGGCCCGCGGCAAGGCAGAGGAGUGGGGCGUCCAGUACGUGGAGACCUCUGCCAAGACGAGGGCCAACGUCGACAAGGUGUUCUUUGACCUCAUGCGGGAGGUGCGAGGCAAAAAGAUGUCGGAAAACAAGGACAAAAACGGCAAAGGAAAGAAUAAGAAGAACAAGAAGAGCUUCAAGGAAAGAUGCUGUUUACUGUGAACUUGUUUUCUGUGCAAACCGUAAAAAACACACGCACACGCACACACACACACACACACACACACACACACACACACACUGUGUAUGUCUUGGGAAGGAGUUCAAACAUUGAAGGCACCCCUUCACCCGGACCUCUCCCGUGUUGCUCAUGUUGAAUCAAAUAUGUCUGUGUUUGUUGAGUUUUUUAACAGCUGCUCGUGAUAAUGUCUAUCGAACAAUCUUAAACCACUUUUUUAAACCAUGCAAAAGGAAGGUAACCACUAAUUUGAGACAGUGACUUGUGAUGGCUUGGAAGAGGCCAAAUGACCAAUUGUCUGCUGAUUUUCUCCAGAUUGACUUUAGACCUUUCUUACGCCAACUCGAAUAUACUGCCAACGAUCCCUAGUUUCAUUUAUUGCUGUGCACUUUUCCUUCCCACUUUUUUAACAUCCAGUAAGCUUAGAUUCACAAUCAACUACUUUCCUGGGAUCUCUUAAGCCUAAUUCUGUACCUGUGUACCUGCUGUUUCAAUGACAUUCGUAUACAUUUUACUUUCCAAAUAUAAUGGUACACUUUUAAUAUUCAGAAUAUUCAUUCUAUUGACUCAUUCAACUUUUCUAGGUUUUUCUUGUAAAUACAAAACACAAUUUCGACCCAGGUAAACAUCUUCUGCUUUUGGUCUUGAAUUUGUUGAGAAAAAGUCCAAGACCAAGGUCUAAUGGCAGAGUGGUGAAAUUGAAUGGAACUCUCUUCCCUCCCACAUUGCAGUUUGCAAUAACAGUGAGGGGAAAUAGUCAUUGUGUGUACUAAACCUUGCAUGGUGAAGGAAAUGCAAUCCGGAGGGCGAUCUCACCCCUGUUUCAAAGGGCGGACAUAAUUAGCCACGAUGGUUCUAUUGUUUAUCCUCCACAUAUAACCUUAAGUCUCUGUCUAAACUGCACUACAUAGGCCUUCAUUGCCAAUGCCGAAAUAAUAAAUAGCUCAAUGAAUUCAUGCUUGAGAUGUAACUUGAAUGUGCCAUCAGAAUCUUACGUCGAUAUGUCCAAAUCCUUGUUUCUCGUAUUGGAUCUUGUGUUUUUAACUCAAUGUAUGUCAUUUGCUUUGUGCGUGAGUGAAUGUGAGAUGGAAACAUGGACAUUUUUCUAGUGCUACAGUGAAGUGUUUUACACUUGCCUAAAUCAAGUGUCCUCCAUUACCCACAGUCUAUCAUGUUAUUGUUUGCUCUUUCUACUGAAACAGCAAGAGUAUGAUCAUCCAUUUGAAAAGACAACCUUUAAAUAUGUUGCCAAAUAAAAAAAGAUCCCUUUGUA